AUGCGCACUCUCCUUUUUGUACUUGGUACAAUUGUCCUGGCCGUAUCUGGCGAAGUUUUUUUCAAGGAAGAAUUCGACAAAACUUAUGCUGACCGUUGGGUAGUUUCUAAACACAAAGAUGAUCUUGGUAAAUUUGAAUUGUCUGCCGGUAAACACUUCGGUGAUGAGGAGCGUGAUACGGGUUUAAAGACUAUGAAUGAUGCUAGAUUUUAUGAUAUUGCUACCAAGUUUAAGAAAUUUAGUAAUAAAGGAAAGACACUUGUUAUUCAAUUUACUGUUAAACACGAACAAGGAAUUGAUUGUGGCGGUGGUUAUCUUAAACUCCUUAAGUCUGAUGUUGAUCUCGAGAAAUUCCACGGUGAAACUGAGUACAAUAUCAUGUUUGGACCAGAUAUUUGUGGACCAACCAAAAAAAUCCACGUCAUUCUUAACUACAAAGGAAAAAAUCAUCUUAUUAGUAAAGAAAUUCCAGCUCCACAUGAUGAAGCUACUCACCAAUAUACACUCAUUCUUAACCCAGACAACACUUACGAAGUCCUUCUUGAUAACGAAUCUGUUCGCAAAGGAGAUCUUGAAUCUGAUUGGGAAUUACUUCCACCAAAGAAGAUCAAGGAUCCAGAUGCUAAAAAACCAGAAGAUUGGGAUGAGAGAGAAUACAUUGAUGAUCCAGAAGACACUAAGCCUGAUGACUGGGAAAAACCAGAACACAUCCCAGACCCAGAUGCUAAAAAACCAGAAGAUUGGGAUGAUGAGAUGGAUGGUGACUGGGAACCACCAAUGAUUGACAAUCCUGAAUUCAAAGGUGAAUGGAAACCAAAACAAAUCAAAAACCCAGAUUACAAAGGAGUUUGGAUCCAUCCAGAAAUUGACAAUCCAGAAUAUGCUCCAGAUGAUGAACUUUAUCUAUACAAAGAUAUUGGUGCUAUUGGUAUUGACAUUUGGCAAGUCAAAUCUGGUACUAUCUUUGAUAACAUUAUUAUUACUGAUUCUGCUGAAGAAGCCAAAGCUUUCUCUGAAAAGACAUACAUGAAAUUGAAACCUGUUGAAGAGGAAAAGAGAAAGGCUGCUGAAGAAGAGGAGAGAAAGAAGAUGGAGGAAGCUGCUAAAGCAUCUGCUGAAAAGAGUGAAGAGAAGGAAGAAGAUGAUGAGGAUAAGAGUAAAGAGGAUGAUAAAGAUGAAGAUGAACCUAAGGAAGAAGAGAAAGGUGAUGAGGAAGGACACGAUGAGUUGUAA